ACCCCUAGUCACGUUCUUCCCCGCACCGAAUGGCGGCGCCGAGCGUCGUACCAUGGUGUCGCGGUGGCUCCAUUCGCCGGACUGGCGUGCAUCGGCGAAUCCCGCGCGCUGCUCCGUCGAAUGGCGCUUGCCGCGCCGCGAGCGCAUGGUCAUAAGGCGGCACAAGGAAAUGAAGGUGGCAGCCAUUGGGCACGGAGGCCGGCUCCCGCCGUCGUCCGGGAUGCGCAGCGCCGAGCGCCAGACCCCGGCGCCUUUUUUCAAUGCGAGGUGACGGGGAAAAGUGUCUGCACUGGUGGCAUGGAAGCCACGCUUGACGUCGUCCAUAAAUCCGGCGCAUCAUCAGCUUGAUCCGCCCGUCUCCGGGCAGGAGAACGACGAUGGCGCGGUACUGGCCAUGCACGAGGUGCCGAUGCGGCGAUCGUGAGGUAAGGUUUUGGUGGACUCAAUACGCCCUGCAGCUGCUCGAUGAAAUGGACACACAGGCCAACAAGAACAGAGGAAAAAAACAGGGCAACAAGACUCAGUUGUGGUCCAGGCAACAAAUGCCCUUCUUUUUUUCACCCAAGACUGAACCAGCGACGCACCCUGGCUCCUCACUUUUGAUGUCCAGUAACAGUACACCCACCACGUGAACUGAUGGCUGCUCUAAUGUCUGGAUUUAUUGGACAUCCAGAGUCUGUCACCUUUUGACCCUUGAUUCUUCCAUGGGAGCAGGCAUAGUGCAACAAUGAAUUAAAUUCCCUAGCAUAUGAAUGUUCAUCCAAUGGCACAUGCCACACAAUUCUCAGCUGCUGAUUAAAUAAUCAAGGUGUGAACCAGUUGCUCUCUUCAAGAUUGGGCUGUCCUUUGUAUACUAGUGUAGCAUUCAAGAAUAAAGGUUUGUGGUGUACCUUUAGUACCGAGUUUGUUCACUAAAUUUUACCCGGUAAUCUCAAUCACAACAUUACAAAACUGA